UUCUUUGCUGUAAUGGCUCUUGCCCCGGUGAGGAAGGAGCAUACGCCAGUCUUCGAUUUACUAUUAUUACUAUAGAACUACGCGCAUCCAACCAACAUGGCUGAUGCAACGCGACUUUUUAAAGCGCGACAAGUCUAUGGUCACGAAGUGCAGCGUGAGCUGAGAAGGGAAAUCAGCUGUCAAUUUACUCGCCAACUUCUUCGUCGUCAACUUUGCCGUGAUAUUUCGCUCGUGCGGAUAGUGAAAACAAUUAUCGCGAACAUGUCUAUGCGACCAGACGAUCACAGAAGAAAGUGGAAUCGGGAAGAGUACGAGAGGAUCGCGCUUCAGAGACUGCAGGAUGAGAUCGCGGAAGAGGAACUGGGACUUCCCAAACAGCCGGCAGUUAAGAGGGAAUUGCUGAAGCAGAGAGACUACAAAGUAGAUCUCGAAUCUAAACUGGGAAAGAGUGUCGUAAUCAAUAAGAACACACCUUCCUCGCAAACUGGAGGAUACUACUGCAAUGUGUGCGACUGUGUCGUAAAAGAUUCUAUUAAUUUCUUAGACCACAUUAAUGGAACCAAACAUCAACGUAAUCUUGGCAUGUCCAUGAAGAUAGAAAGAUCCACAUUAGAUCAAGUUAAGGCUAGGUUUGCACAAAACAAGAAGAAACUCGAGGAGAAGAAGAAAGAUUACGAUCUGGAGCAGAGAGUGAAGGAGUUGAAGGAAGAGGAAGAAAAGAUUAAGGAGUACAGGAAGGAGAAGCGGAAAGACAAGAAGAGGAAGAUCGAAGAGAUAUCGGAGGAGGACGCGGGACCCUCGGACGAAAUGGCCGCUAUCAUGGGAUUCUCCGGUUUCGGUUCGAAAAAAAAGUGACAAACUGACGAACGUUCGUGAAUUCGCAUCUCACUGCUACUUGAAACGGUGUUCUUCCUUGAGAAAUAUUGUGGUCAAUUUGUGAAGAAGAAGUUGGAAAACCAUGUAAAUGACACGUAGUUUUAAUUCCCGUAUCUUCGGAAUUUUAAGGAAGCGUGCGUUGUUUGUGUCUUUUUCAUUUUUCCACCGUUGUGUUUCGAGUGUUUCAUAUUUAUUCGAGACGAGAGAGUAAGAACGAAUGCUAUUUUUUUACAAAUAUCCGACCAAAUAUCCACGAAACGCGAGCUUUGUACACAGUAUAAUAUAUAACUUGAGACUCAAUCAAAGUUUAAUUAAAGAAUCAUUUGUGCACAAAAUAAACCGAGUGUGUAUAUAAGGAAUUUUAUUCUCGAAAUUAUUUGUGAUGACGUCACAGGAGAAUUGUGUAAAUACGUUGCGGAUAUAUGAGAAUAAAAUUUACUAAUUCAUUUAA